AUGGCCGGGGUUACCCGUCACUUGAAGAAACAGCACAACCGGGAACUUGAAAGAUGUUCGAUAUGCUCGCGUUUCUUCUUGGCCCGCGGAGAUCGUUUCGCACACCCAAACGAUCCUACUGGCUGCCAACGCAGAGGGGCGCAGAGGGGAUGUGCCCAUCCGCAAUCACAGCCCAAUAGCCCACUCGGAGGAAGGCAAGCUGUCGAAGACGUUCAACGCUACAUUCAGUCAUCUCUAUCUCAGCACUCUCCGAAUUCUCAGGGCCGAAGCUUGUAUGAGAUCCGUGACUGGCUGACAGAUCGCUUGUCCGAGGAGAAGUACCAGUCUGUCAUUCCCGCUGGUCACGGAUACACAGCCAUACAGUCUCAGGGGUCUCACACUUGGCGGGAUACAAGCACGGCGGCUGAGGCAACAAGUAUGCAGCUGCUGCAUGAGCCAGAGCCACAGCUGGACCUCAAUUCUCUACAACUCGGACUGCAAAAUUCCGCCACGGGGUAUUCUCCAUUCCGUUACUCAGGAGCCAGCCAAGGACCAUCGCCUGAUCCCUCGCGUCAGGAUCCUCACUUGGACCAUUUAUACGGUCCGUUCCAGUUGAAUCAACAGGAAUUUCCCGUCCGCAUGCAAGCUGCCCCAGGGGACCCUCCCACUGGAAGUGACUCGAGGAAUGAUUGGGACAACAUCACUGAUCCCGAGCUCUAUUCUAUUGCUACAGGCCAGGACUCCUACAAAACCAAUUCCCCAAAUGGAUGGAUGCCACAGGAUAGAUUUCGGCCAUGA